UUUGUUAAUGUUUGCUCCUCCAAUCUCCCCGGCAUUCCCGUACUUUCCGCUUCUUAAAUUUAAAAAACCUGACAUUAGCAACUUUCGCGGCUCUAGUGUAGAAAGAUCUUACUACAAAUUUUCGGCAGUUUCUUGUACAUACAUUACUAUCGUUCUCCUUGGAUCUAGACUCCGUGCUAUUUCUGUUCCGUAGGGGCGGCCAUUUUGAAAUUUAACAGAAAGCGUGACGUAGCGGCCUCCUGCUCCUUCUCGUUCUCUCUCUUGAUUCGAGCCCCAGGCGCAAUCUCGAGAUUUGAAAAUCAAUAAAUGGGGUACAUUGUUGUGGGCACAUGAUGCGAGCUAAGGGGAGAUGGGAGUCAUGUCAAAACACAGCGUAAAAUACAAUAUAUCGUUUUUAAAUUGAUAAAUCUAAUAUAUUAUAGGGGCGCGGUUAUAAAUGGUUUGAAUUAUAAAUAUGUGGCUCAGCAGUCGAAGAAAGCUAGCAAUAUUAGCUGCGAUAUCAGAGUUCUUCAUCCACGCAGAAGCAAAAUACUGUGCCUUUGAAAUACAUGGCGAGCCAAAAUACUAUGUAUGUCCCAGAACUGAAUACUGCUGCAAUUUUGGAUGCUGUGUAUCCCCAGGUUUCCAAAUCUAUCAUCUUUGGUAUUAUUGGCUUUUGGUCAUAAUUAUGUUUUUGGUAUGCUCUGGAGGUGGAUGGUGGUACCGCUACUGGUUGCAAGGUAGAUAUAGACCAUCGACGUCAACGCUUCCACUGAGAACACCAAGUUCAAGGACUCACAACACACCUAGGGGACCCACAUGCCGUGCGCAGCAGGCCAGAGUAACUUACAAUCCGGCUCGCAAUACCGUCCUAUUACACCGUAUGUGGAAAGGUCCCCAAAGAAGUGCAACACCUCCAGCUUACAAUGGCGCAGCAGCGAGCUCGGCUCAGUUUCAAAAUACGAACGUUGUCUUGAACGAGAACAACUGCCCGUACUACGAACUGUAUGGCCCUCCACCUAGCUAUGAGACAGUGAUUGCUCAAACCCGAGGUAAAAUAACAAGCCCCACUUCGGCAACGGAGAAUCCGAGACCAAACGUGCAAAGCUCUAACAUGCAAAACCAGAAUGCAGUGCAUUGUUUUUCACAUAAUUAUAGCAGCUUGCCUACAAGAGCGCAUCUUGAUAACAACGUUGUUGAGCGACGCAAUAGUUGUGGCUCGAAUCUAGAAGAGGGGGAUAAUGACGUAGAGAGUUUUAGCUACAAGAACUUUGUACAGAAAUAUGAUGCCCAGCAGUCGCUAAGGCGAGGAGGUACAAAUUUGCCCUCUGAAAGCUAUUCGAAUCAGGAAAGUACGACCUGCGGAACCAGGUUGCAAAAUAUUUCCAAUAAAAUACUGCCCGUCUAUGUAGCGGAAAGCAUGCAACAAUUGCAUGACGGGAAAGUUAAAUCUAGUCAGAAUAAUUGCGUCGCGAACAGUUCCUCGCAAAAUAAUUAUUCCGAAGCAGGCGCGAGCGGUCAGUUUACACAAGUUACUGCAAUUAGUCAGGGAAUUAGAAAUAUACGCUCAAUUCAAGACUCUGGAGCGGUCGAUGAAAUAGACAUUCCAAAAUUGAACAGACUGGCAGCGGAAGUAAACGACACUGAAACGUCCAGCGAUGAAAAUCGCAUGAGACUCGAAUCGCAGGUUUCUAGAAUCCCUGAAAUGCUUAUGUACUCGAAGAUCGACUCCUCGGGGGAAAAGUGUCAUCGAGGUCAAAGCGGUUCCUUGAAUCGUAGGUCUGGAGGUUCUUCCCAGUGGGGAGAAACAAGCGAAACUUACAACAAUAUGUACACGCACAGAAUAACUAACCUCGAGGAUCAUAAACGAACAGAAGGAUUGAGUUACAUGAAAAUUGAUAUUGACCACGUGAAAUCAUCAACUAGUUCAAAGAGGAACAAAUUUUUCUCCGACUGUGAAGAAUGUGAGGCACAAAAUGGCGAGAGUACUUCUCAUCUAAAUCCAUCCAACAAUGUGAUAUUACCUUCUCCUAAUUCUAAUAUUCAAAUUAAUUCUUCGCCUCCAAUAAAUGUUAUCGAAAAUUAUCAACACUACCCUCCAACGUCGUUGUCGCCACCUGCACAAAGGUCAAACACGAGCACAAAUUUUGAAAGUGAAAACAAAUUAGGCAGAUCAAAGUCGCUCGACUAAGCGUUAUAUAUAUAUAUAAUAAUAAUAAUUCAUCAUUUCAUUAUUUUUCAUUAUUUUUAUCAAGGAUAUUAAAACGCAAUAAUACCAGAUAUUUUUUAUCACCUUCAACUAUCGUAUUUAAUUGUAUACAUUUUGCUUUCAUCGUUACACUGAUUUCUAUAUGCAUAUAAGUGUUGCGCCAAAUAAACUGAAAACAUGCGAGGUUUUCGGAGUAAAGAAAAUAAUAAAACAAAAUAAAAUAUAAUAAGGUGGAUAAAAUAGAAUUACUAUAAUUAUACUGAGCUUGGAGACUUUAUCGGAGACCCUGUCUCCCCAUCCAUCGAUAUGAUCUUAAAGAUUUGCUGUUUUUUUGAAAAUAAAACAAAGCCGCGUUCGAAUUUUAAAGAUAAUAAUUAGUCAUCGCAGAUAGUUGCAAUAAUAGAAAUUUUUUUUUCAGAUGAUUUUUUUUUAAUUCGUCACGUUUUAUUGAUAGGAUUUAAUUCAAUAGUAACUGUCUAUUACGUAUUUUAUUUAUACAAAUAAAAUGCCGAAUAAAAAAAAUAACAAACACGAAAAGAAUAAAUGAGAUUGAUACCGAUCAGCAAAUUUCGAGCCAAGAGAAGUAAAUGAAGUAUUUUUCAUAUGAGUAUGAAAUAACACUGGUCCAAGAACGAAUAAUAGUAAUAAUGUGCCAAUAGAAUCGAAAAUUGUUAAAAAUAAUUGACGGACGACAUUGUUCAAAAA